CGUGAUCUGGGUCGGGGUGGGGCUUUCGUCCAGGGGGCGGGACCAGGACCACGACUGGGAGGGGGCUAGCCUGGCCCUUGGCCGUUGCCCGGCAACGCCCGGGCGCUGAGUCUCCGUGUCCAGGCCCCUCCCCCUGAGGAGGUGGGCUCGGUGUCACGUGACUUGGGCCCUACGGGAGGGGGAGUGGUCGGGGGCCCGGCCGGACGCGACCACUUAGAGAGGUCCGAGGGGCGCGCGCCUCUUUCCCUGGCCCGGACCCCAGCCCCUCUGCACCGCGGGGAGAAACUGAGGUCCGAGUGGCCCCUGCAGCCCCGGGGAGGGCCAUGAAGGUACUGCUCUUCACCGGGCUGGGAGCCCUGUUCUUCUCGUAUUACUGGGAUGACAACUUUGACCCUGCCAGCCUCCAGGGAGCCCGCGUGCUGCUGACAGGGGCCAGUGCGGGCGUCGGGGAGGAACUGGCAUAUCACUACGCCCGCCUGGGCUCCCACCUGGUGCUCACUGCCCACACGGAGGCCCUCCUGCAGAAGGUGGUAGGGAACUGCCGGAAGCUGGGCGCUCCCAAGGUCUUCUACAUCGCUGCGGACAUGGCCUCCCCUGAGGUGCCCGAGCGCGUGGUGCAGUUCGCGCUGGACAAGCUGGGAGGACUGGACUACCUCGUGCUGAACCACCUCGGCGCCACCCCGGCAGGCUCGCGGUCCAGGAGCGUCCAGGCGACACGCUGGCUCAUGCAGGUGAACUUUCUGAGUUACGUGCAGCUGACUUCGUUGGCGCUGCCCAGCCUGACGGACAGCAAAGGCUCUCUGGUGGUCGUGUCCUCGCUGCUCGGCCAGGUGCCCACAUCCUUCUCCCGCCCGUACUCGGCAGCCAAGUUCGCUCUGGACGGCUUCUUCGGCUCUCUGCGGCGGGAGCUAGACGUGCAGGACGUGAACGUGGCCAUCACCAUGUGUGUCCUGGGCCUCCGGGAUCGCGCCUCCCCCGCCGAGGGAGUCAGGGGCGUCACGAGGGCCAAGGCGGCCCCAGGGCCCAAGGCGGCCCUGGCCGUGAUCCGCGGCGGCGCCACACGCGCCCCCGGCGUCUUCUACCCAUGGCGCUUCCGCCUGCUCUGUCUGCUCCGGGGAUGGCUGCCGCACCCGAGGGCCUGGUUCAUCCGCCAGGAGCUCAACGUCACCGCUGCCGCUGCUGCCUGAGCUGCUGCGGGUGGCACCCCUUCAGCUUCCCAGAGAGGGGAACCCUCUAUCCAGCCGUCCCGGAGCCGGGACACGAACCGAGACACCUCGGAGACGGUUGCCGUGGCUCAAGACAGAGUCAUCAAGACAGAAAAGGAAAA